AAACUAGAAUCCGCUCAGCCGGCAUCGUGUGCGCGUCAAGCUUUAUUUUUCAAAAAAUAAAAAAAAAAAUAGAAAAUAUUUUUAUUUUUUUAAUUUUGUUCAUUUAUACUUUAUUCUUUUGCUGAAUUUCAACUCGACAGUACGUCAAGUAUUAAUAAUUGAAAUUUAAAAGUUUGAAUUUAAAAAAAAAAAAAAUACAAAUAAAAAACAAGUGUUUAAUUCUUUUUUUUUUUUUUGUUAAUUAUAAAAAUUAAAUUUGCGAAAAAAGAAAAAUUAAAAAGGAAUUUGUGAAGUGUUUACCUAUCAUUGUGAACUUUUUUUUUUUUUAUUAUUUUGAUUAUAAUUUAAUCGAAAAAAUUGUUUGUUUAUUUAUCUUGUGAUCAGAAGAAGAUCCAAGGAUUAAAAAAAAAUAUAUAUAUAUAUUUAAAAGUGAAGUACGAUAUUGAGGAUUUAAUUUGAAGAUUAAUAUUGAUCAUCUUCUGCGCAAAUAUGCAUUUACCAGACGGACCAACCAGCAUGGAGAAUUUUAGCGCGAUACAUGAAUUUCUUCGUGCUCAUCAUGGUGAUCUUGUACAAACUGGUAGUCCAGCAAUACUUUGUAGUCCAUUACCAACUCAUUGGAGAUCAAAUAAAUCAUUACCAGUUGCAUUUAAAGUUGUUGCACUUGAUGAAGUUAGUGAUGGUACUAUUGUAACAAUACGCGCUGGUAAUGAUGAAAAUUGUUGUGGUGAAUUAAGAAAUUGUACAGCAAUUAUGAAAAAUCAAGUUGCUAAAUUUAAUGAUCUUAGAUUUGUUGGAAGAAGUGGAAGAGGUAAAUCAUUUUCCCUGACAAUUCAAAUAAGCUCAAUGCCCUAUCAAGUUGCAACAUAUACAAAAGCAAUAAAAGUUACCGUCGAUGGACCAAGAGAACCACGUUCAAAGUCAAAUUAUCAAUAUGGACCUGGUUUUUCUGGAUUUGGUUUAUUGAAUCCAUGGUUUGAUGCAGCAUACCUGAAUCACGCAUGGCACUUGCAUCAUCCAGCAUUAAUGAAAGGUGCUGUACCAAUGCCACCAGCUGAUUUGUUCACACAAAAUUUUUCUCAAACAGUACUACCAUCAACAUAUCCAUUUCAUGAACAUGUAAAAUAUCCAAGUGAAUAUUCUGGUAUGCCAACAAAUAAAACACCAGCAUUACCAAAUAGUCCAUCACGUACACCACCAAGAACACCAAGUGAUAGUAGUAGUGAAUCAGCUGCUGAAGAAAUACGUAGUGCCUUUGUGCCAAUUAAAUUAAAUACAUUAUCACAAACACCAAUUUCAACACCAUCAUCAUCAUCACCACCAAGUAGACAACAAUUAACAACACCAAAAAAACCAAUUGAAGGUAAUAAAUGUGAAUUAAAAGCACCAACAACAUAUAUAUCAUCAUCAAAUAAAAGAAGUCCAUCACCAACAAAACUAUCAACAACAUCUAAUCACAAGCCACCUGUUUGGAGACCAUAUUGAAAUAUAAUAAUAUAUUAUAUGAUAGAUAUAUAUUUGAGUGAUCAAAAAGAGCUUUUUUUUGAAAUUUAAAAAAAAAAAAUAUAUUUAAACAACGUUCCGAUUAUAUAAUUAUAAUUAUCUAUGGAAGGCUAGUGAUAUCCCUAAGACGAGACGACGCGUUGACGUGAAUUUUUUUUUCAUUUUUCAUGUUAUCAUUUUUAUUUAAACAAAAAAUAAUUUGUUUCUUUCACUUUUUUAAUUUGAAAAAAAAAAAAAAAAGAUUGUGAAUAUGUUACAGUUAGAAUCAGUCGAUAUAAUAAUAUGCCUCGAGAAGAAAAAGAUUGGUGGAGUGAAUAAAAAGAUAACGUGUUUAAUGAUUGGAGAAAUACAGACUGUAUGGCGAUUUUUGUAAAUAUAAAUAUACAUGUCAUAACUGUGUAUAAUGUGCACAAGUUUAUAGACGAAAAAAAAAAAAAAAAAAAAAGAAAUUGUAAAAAAGAAAAACUAUUUAUAAAUAAUAUUACAAGUCAGAGAUUUAAUUUAAUGUAAAGAGAAAUAAAUAUAAAUGAAAUUUAAGUAAAUAAAUAUAAAUUCUACUUGAAAUUAAAAAAAAA